AUGAAACGUAUUCAACGUGGUCCGGUCCGUGGUAUUUCCUUCAAACUUCAAGAAGAAGAACGUGAACGUAAAGAUAAUUACGUUCCCGAGGUCUCUGCUUUGGCUACAGAAAGUAUUGAAAUUGAUCCUGACACAAAGCGCAAUCCUCGCGUGGCUCGACGUGGUGGAGAGCGUGGAGGCGAACGUGCACCACAUUUUAGCAAUACAAUUAAAAAAUCUUCAAUAGAAAGACUAGCUGAAGUAGACGAACAAGAGGUUGUUCGUCAAGUACAGGAAUAUUUUGCAGAUUAUUGCGCAAUUAAUCCGGACUUUUAUUCUUUAAAUCUCUCAUUACCACAACAUCAACUUUAUGGCGAUUCAAUACAAGCUUGGGACGGCAAAACACUCCAACGCGUCGUAGAAGGUGUACUUGCUGUUUUACUUUCUUUGAAGAAGAAACCGUUAAUUCGUUUCGAAAGAAUUAGUGAAAUGGCUAAAAAACUUGCGCAAGAAGUUCUUUAUCAAAUGCAAGAAGAAGGCCCAUUAUUUGAUUUUCGGCGUACGGAUACUCCACCUAUAUUACUUAUUCUUGAUCGUCGUAAUGAUCCAGUUACGCCUCUUUUAACACAAUGGACAUAUCAAGCUAUGGUUCAUGAAUUAUUAGGUAUCCAUAAUGGUCGUGUUGAUUUAUCUGAUGUACCAGAUAUUCGUCCAGAAUUGAAGGAAAUUGUCCUUUCUAGAGAUCAAGACCCUUUUUACAAAAAGAAUAUGUAUUUGAAUAUUGGUGAUCUUGGUGCUAAUAUUAAAUCUUAUGUGGAAGAAUAUCAAUCUAAAACCAAAUUAAGCAUGAACAUUGAAUCUAUUGGUGAUAUGAAACGAUUUGUAGAGGAAUAUCCAGAAUUUAGAAAAUUAUCCGGAAAUGUUAGUAAACAUGUAGCUUUAGCUAGUGAAUUGAGUCGAUUAUAUGAAAGAGAAAAUUUACUUGAAGGUGUAGAGAAUGUAUAUACACAACAUUCGCCUCAUUUGGCACAGACUCUCGAACUGUUAAUAAAAGGAAAAUUGAAAGAAACCAGCUAUCCUUUUAUUGGUGGUGCAACAAAAGAUAG